UUCAGUCGUCGUUAUCUCCUAUCGUUGUAUUUCUCCCUCGACUCAUUGCCUUCUCCAUUUGCUCCCUCUCAACACAGGAGCUAGAGAUUUGACAAAAAAAAGAAAAAGAAAAAGAAAAAACACAGGAUCUAGAGAGAGAAAUUAAAGAAUAGGAAAAAUCUUAGAAUAAAUUUUACCGACGAGAGAUCGGAAUAUGACCGUCGAGGUAGCGAACGGCGUUGCAGGGGGCUUAUCCUAUCCGAACGGGGACUUGAAAACCCAAAACCCUAGCGCCACUGCCAAGAAAUCUCGGGAGAGCGAGCGGCGCCGGAGGCGGCGCAAGCAGAAGAAGAACAAGGCGGCGUCUGGGACCAAUAAUACCGGUGACGAGAGUGACAAUGCCGCUGCCGCCUCCGAGGAUGCUAACGGCACCACCGAUAAUGAUAGCGCCAAGGAGAACUCGGAUCCUCAAAAGGUCUUGGAGCAAGUUGAGGUGGAGUAUGUUCCAGAAAAGGCUGAACUUGACGGUGAUUUAGAUGAUGAAUUGAGAAAGGUUUUUGAGAAAUUCAGUUUCAAGGAUGCUGUUGGUUCUGAGGAGAAUGACAAAAAGGAUGAAACUGCACCUGAUGCCACCUCCAAUAAGAAGGUUGAUUCAGAUUCAGAUGGAGAAGAGCAGGACCCCCAGCAAAAGGAGAAAGGCCUUUCCAAUAAAAAGAAAAAGCUCCAACGUCGGAUGAAAAUUGCAGAACUGAAACAGAUUUCCUCAAGACCUGAUGUUGUUGAGGUCUGGGAUGCUACUGCUGCAGACCCUAAGCUGUUAGUAUUUCUUAAAUCUUAUAGAAAUACAGUUCCAGUUCCAAGGCACUGGUGUCAGAAGCGGAAAUUUUUGCAGGGAAAACGAGGAAUUGAGAAACAGCCCUUUCAACUUCCUGAUUUUAUUGCUGCCACUGGAAUUGAGAAAAUCAGACAAGCAUAUAUUGAAAAGGAGGACAGUAAAAAACUUAAACAGAAACAGCGUGAGAGGAUGCAGCCUAAGAUGGGGAAAAUGGACAUUGACUAUCAGGUACUGCAUGAUGCAUUUUUCAAAUACCAGACCAAACCAAAGCUCACAACACACGGUGAUCUGUACUUUGAAGGAAAGGAGUUUGAGGUAAAGUUGCGGGAAAUGAAGCCAGGCAUGUUAUCACAGGAACUGAAAGAGGCUCUUGGUAUGCCAGAAGGAGCCCCUCCUCCUUGGCUUAUUAAUAUGCAGAGGUAUGGGCCCCCACCUUCCUAUCCUCAUCUUAAGAUUCCGGGAUUAAAUGCACCUAUUCCACCUGGAGCUAAAUUUGGUUUUCAACCUGGAGGCUGGGGCAAACCACCUGUUGAUGAACAUGGGAACCCUAUAUAUGGAGAUGUCUUUGGAGUUCUUCAUCAAGAGCAGCCUAAUUAUGAGGAGGAACCAGUUGAUAAGAGUAAACAUUGGGGUGACUUUGAGGAGGAGGAAGAGGAGGAGGAGGAGGAUGAAGAGGAGGAGGAAGAACAGAUUGAGGAGGAAGAAAUGGAAGAUGGUAUUCAAUCGGUGGAUAGCCUUUCAAGCACACCUACUGGCGUUGAGACUCCAGACGUUAUUGAUCUUCGCAAGCAGCAAAGGAAGGAGCCAGAGAAGCCUUUGUAUCUGGUGCUUGAAGAGAAAGAAGAGAGGAUAGCUCCAGGAACCCUACUUGGAACAACUCACACGUAUGUGAUCAAUACUGGCACACAAGACAAGACUGCUGCAAAAAGGGUUGAUCUGCUUAGAGGUCAGAAAGCUGAUAGAGUUGAUGUCACAUUAGCACCAGAGGAGUUAGAAGUCAUGGAUAAUGUCUUGCCAGCCAAAUACGAGGAAGCGAGGGAAGAAGAGAAGUUAAGAAGCCAGAGAGAAGAUUUCAGUGACAUGGUUGCUGAGAAUGAGAAUAAAAGGAAGAGAAAGAUGCAUGAAAAAGAAGGCAAGUCAAAGAAGAAGAAGGAUUUCAAGUUCUAGGGUGCAAGGGUUGCUAGUUGCAGCAUCAACAGAGGUGCAAGAGAAAUUGUGCUUCUCCUCCUCUGAUUAAUUGGCGCCUUUGUCGUGCCAGUAUUGUAGAAUUGUUGUUUGUCCUCCUAGAAUAACCCAUUUUUAGUCAAAGCCUAGGAGUAAAUCUCUAUUAAUGCCUCCUGGAGUUUUCUGUUAAGGGCUUUACUGCACCGUUAUGUCCAUUAUAAAGUAUGUGGUAGUAAUUAAUUAGCAUUGUACUUCU